GAUUACUUAACUGGGGAAGCUACUGACGACUGAGGAAAAGUUGCGGUUUAAAAUCGGUUACAGGCUUACAGCUGGCAGUCGUCAGUGCAACACGUUCACAAAAUGUCGAAGCUUUCUCUCUCCUCCUUCUCUCCUCCUCCGUUGACGUCGUCUUCUUCCACCUCGCAGCAGCGACGGAGCUGCUUCCGUCGUUCAUUCAGAGUCGGCGCGUGUGUUUCACUUUCUUCGGUUUCCGUUUCGUGUUCGAAGCAGCCGACAGUUGUUGUCACCAGAGAACGCGGCAAGAACGGCAAGCUCAUGAAUUCUCUGGCCAGACAUGGAAUUGAUUGUCUUGAGCUUCCUCUCAUUCAGCACAUGCAUUUACCUGAUCUAGGCAGGCUCACUUCUGUAUUAAGUGACGCCGCGUUUGACUGGAUUAUCAUUACUUCACCAGAGGCGGGAAAGGUUUUUCUUGAUGCUUGGAAAGCUGCUGGGACCCCAUCUGUCCGAGUAGGUGUCGUUGGAUCUGGUACAGCUAGCAUAUUCGAUGAAGCUGUUCAGUCUUCAAAGCAGUAUCUUGAUGUGGCAUUUACACCAUCAAAAGCAACUGGUAAGGUUUUAGCUUCAGAGCUUCCAAAGAAUGGGAAUGAUAAGUGCACUGUUCUCUAUCCUGCUUCAGCAAAAGCGGGCACUGACAUUGAGGAAGGACUUUCUGAGCGGGGAUUUGAGGUUACUCGGUUGAACACAUACACAACGGCACCAGUCAAUCAGGCUGAUCAAUAUCUUCUUGAGCUAGCACUCUCUGCUCCUGUUGUUGCUGUAGCAUCUCCCUCUGCCAUCCGGGUAUGGACUAAUCUUAUUCCAGCAUCGAGACAGUGGGACAAUGCUGUUGCAUGUAUUGGGGAGACUACAGCUUCUGCAGCUAAAAGACUUGGGUUGAGAAAUAUAUACUAUCCAACAAGUCCUGGUCUUGAAGGGUGGGUGAGUAGCAUUCUGGAAGCAUUAAGUGUACAUGAGCAAGUACAGAAGGUCUAAAGGCCAUGUAAUGUGGCUUCUGAUGGUGGGCUGAGAGAGCUCUGGUUCCACUCUAUGGUCAUCUUUGCAAUGGCAAAGCUGAUUAAAAGCUUUCUAUACAUGCAGCUUCAACGUGGCGCUGUAUUUUGAAAUCUUUGAAGUAUUUAUGUAUAGAAGCGCAGAGGGAGGUGUAGGAUCUAAUUGACACAGCAUAUGUGGAGACGUUGGGGAGACGAAAUUUUUUUUUUUGCGGAGGUAUUUACCCACUUGUCUAGCCAACUUUUCUUGUGAGGUAAGGCUGUCUUUUGUGAAUAGGAUCUUUUUUAAUUGUUCCAUAUGUAGAUAUCCCUUUAGUUUUCUCUUUUAACAUUUUUUUGGCUUGAUGUCUGAUGUCUUCAGAAUUGAUUAUAAAGCGAGCCCCUCUCGGUUCAUACUCCAACCUAAAUUUCCUCAAAAGAGAAACAUGUUUAUCUAACUUUUAGCCAUUCCUCGUAAUGCACAACGUAUUGAUUUUUGUAAUCGUUUA